AUGGAUUCUGAAAAAAUCGUUGCCAUCAUUCUUGCGCUUUUAUUACCCCCAUUGGCGGUUUUCAUGAGAGAAGGUGCUACUACACCAUUAUGGAUUAAUAUCGUUUUAUGUAUAUUCAUCUGGUUCCCGGCCAUCUUACAUGCGCUUUACGUUGUUCUCAAAUCUUAG